AUGCGGCCCGUGCCGUCUCCCGGCCCAGGACCCUGGGGUGCCUUCCGCACUUCAGAAGUCGGCUCCAGCAAGGACCGUCUGUUCGAGUUUGUCGAGGUGCUGACCAAUCAGCCCGUUUCAGGCUCCAAGGCUCGCGCAGUGCAAUCUUCUGGCGGAGCAGCUGGGGGCAUCGUUUCCGAGAGUCAGGGUUAUGGCCUCCUCCUUGCAGGGACGCUGCUGGCGGCCAUGGGCUUUGAUUCGGACUUUGACCGCGUCUCGGAGCUUACCUACGAGCUUUUCCUCGGAUGGCGCCGCAUGUGCGAGCUGAGCGCAGCGGGCGGCAGCUGUCAGGACGAUGAGGGUUUCCAGUGCGGCGGUGGCCAAUACCCGUGCCUCCCGCACUGGAAGUUCGGCGAGGAUUUGACCCAGGUGGUUGGCAAGGGCGCUGCGCCAGAUGGGGAUGUCGACGCCUUGAUGGGCAUGUUGUUGGCGGUGUUGGCUUUGGAAGGCACAAGCCGCGAGCCGGCCUGGCUGGGGGAGGUGGGCCAGUGGGCCUACGACACCUGCAAGCAGUUUUAUCUCAGUUCCACCGUGGCCUCCCCGAGUGGCCAGCACCAGAUCGUGAAGUUGGGGCAGAACCCCAGCUACCAUGCGCCUGGGGUGUACCGACUCUGCCGGGACUACAUGGCCUCUCACGAUGAGAAAUACGGCGGGUCCUCCAUGGAGGGCGACCGCUUCACAACAAAUUGGGAGACGCUCAUCGCCACGAGCUAUAAGAUGCUUGCAGCCACGCAGUGCCCUUCGACGGGCUUGGUCCCGAACUGGGCCCAGAUCUUCGAAGAUGGACGUCGGCUCCGGGCUCAGACGGGCUUCAGCGGCAGCGGCACGCCAGGUGCCGAGUUCGGCGCCGAGGCGUCAAGGACCAUCUGGCGAGUGGUGGUGGACUUCCUGCUGUAUCCUUCCGAGGCGGGCCCAGCAGCCGACUUCCUGAGUCCGGUUGCCAAGCAUCUGGGGAAGAAGGAGAGCUCCGGGCGAUGGGCGUCUUCCCUGGACGUGGAUGGCGCCUGCCUGGUGGAGACCAUCCACCCAGGAUGGCAGGUUAACAUGUUCAUGGCGGCACCCACCUUCGCCAGCCUUGUCUGCCCCGCAGAGCUCGAGGGCGGGCGACAGCAGGAGCUACUGGACUCUGCCGGCAGGCUGUUGGCCAGCAAGCGCAUCCGGGAUUACUACUCGGGCAGCUGGGUGGCCAUCAGCACCAUGACCCUCAACGGCGACCUGGCCAAAGCAGCCGCCAAGGCUAAGAUCGGGUCGGCAGCACGCUCCGCCGCGGCGCCCGUGAAGCUGAUCUCUUAA